AGACAUAGGGAUUGUGUGGAAGCUCCUUGAGCGUACCAUGCCUGAAUUAAUCGGGCCGGACGAAAAGCUUCCCUUCGUGGAAGGCAGAGGAAAUGUAGGAGAAAAAAAGGGGAAGAUGACAAGGAGAGUGGAGGAGGCCGAAUCCUUGAUAGGACCUCUUGGUGAAGGCAGACAUCGAACCCUCUCCGCGGGUCGCCCGUCGCGCCCAUCGGCUCCAGCUCCUCCUGCGCAAUUGCCGGGGAUAUACCAUCCGCUACACAUGGAACCGGCGGGGCUCUCACGGAAAAGUCAAUUGCUACGGCAAGUAUGGCCGUCGCUUCGCCAAUACCUCUGCAGGCGACCGUCCCUGUCCCGCCUGGUGGUCUAUUCCCUCAUUACCACCGCGACUCUCAUAGGGGGACUGCUGCUAUCUCCAUACUCCGCUUCCUUCCGAUCCAUGCUGCCGUCCAACCCUUUUUUCCCUCCUUCUUCUGGGCCCUCAGAGUCCUCUGGUGACCUGCCCCGUGUCUCCCUCUGGCCCCGCGGCCAUGUUCCCUUGGCCUUGGGCGAAGAGCCGCCAGACACACCGUCCCUGAUCCCAUUCUUCCCCGAGCCGGAGGACUGGCGCGGCACCUCGAUGGUGGUGAUGCCGGGGGGUGGGUACAAGUUCCUCUCCUUGGUA